AUGUUCGCCUGCUGCUUCCGGCCGCCCGCGGCCGACGCGCCUGCGCCGGCGGCCGCGCCGCCGGCAGCCGCCGGCGCCGAGCAGGAUGGCCGCGGGGCCAAGCGCAGAGGAGGAGGCGGCGGCGGCGACGGACCCCAGCCUGUAGGCGGCCGCGCAGACGUGCCCCUCGCCCGCGGCGCGUCCUCGUCAUCGCCGCUCGUCGGCGGGCGCGCGCUCUCCGCUGGCAACCUGCUCCUGCUGCACGGCGCGUCCGC